AUGGCCAACGAAAGCGGUGAAUUACUACCAGUGACCCCAGAAGUGUCUAUGUCACCUGGGGUUGAAAAACGAAGGCAUUUAGCUGACAAAGCUAGUUCUGGAACCAGUGUUGAAAAAAUCGUUCCCAAUUAUCUCAGAGCUUCAGCUGGUUCUUGUCAUGAUUUUUGCAAAUAUGGGAAGAAAGAUGCAUUUGAAUUGAAGGAAAGACGCUCUAUACCUGAUAGAGCUACGAGAAAACAGCUUCGCCACAGUUUUGAAGGUAGUGUUGGUGAGACGAUGAUAUCAGUUGCUAGUCUCAGUGUAGAUUCCAAGUUGACCAAGAUGCCAACAUGCAAACUCAAAGAAUCAGUUGAUUCCAAGAUGAUUUCUGAUACAUCUGACACUUGUAUGCAGAAACUGCCAACAAAAUCAUUUGACAGCCAAAAGGAAUCAGGGAAUGAAGUUCGUGUGAACACGAGAAAAUCAUCAUUGGCCAAGGUUCAACCAUUACUCCUGAAGUGCCAUACAUCUCCGUCAAUAAGACAAGAAAUUUCUUCAAUUAAGGAGGUCCAGUCCCCAUACAAGUCUGCUUCAAGAAAGGUGGCAACUCCAUCUAGAUUAACUUCCAGGAAGGUGGAAGCUCCAUCAAAGUCAACCACCAAUAAGAAGGACUCUCCAUUAAAACCUACUUCUAGUGAGAUGGGGAAUCCAUCAAAACCAGUCUCCAAGGUCAAAACUUCAUCAAAACCAACUUCCAAUGUGGUGAAAACUUCAUCACGGUUAUCUUCUCUCCAAGGUAAAGAAGCAAAGUCGUCUGUAAAACGCUCGACUUCUUUAAAUUUAAGCAGCGUUAGAAAGAAGCAAAUAUCUUCUAUGAAUUCCACAGAUAAUGAUGGUGGCCAAAGAUAUAAUAAUAUCAAGAUGGAAAAAGGGGCUACCUCCUUCAAAGCAAGUUCAAUAAAAAAACUGAUGGCACCUCAGAAGGCUUUAUUAUCCCCCAGAUCUUCCCUUAGAAGAGUUGCAAGUUCAAAUUCAAGAAAGCUUAAGAGCCUGAAAAUUGUACCUCACCUUAAGAAUCAGCAGACUGACAAUAAGGUUGAACUCGAGGAACGCGACAACAAUGACGUAGAGGAGAAGACUUUGUAUGUCAUCAAGAUGGAAAGUGAAGACAAAACAUUGCAAUCUGAUCAGAAUGCAAGCUAUGAUGAUGAAUCAUACCUCCCUCAGUUGUCAUCGCCUAAGUCUUCUGGAUCCUCAAGUUCUCAAUCCUUGUCCCAAGUAGACCAAGAGAAAUCUGAAUAUACAACUAGUGAAUUUGAGCAUGAUUCCUUUUCAGGAGACCAUGACAUUGAAUGUAUAGAAAAUAAGGAGAAAUUGGAAGAUGAGAAGAAAUACAAAAACAAAAAGAAUGGGGUUGUAUGUUCCAAAGGCAAUGACAACCAAAUGGUAAAAUUAAAUUUCAGAAGGGGAAAAGUGGUUGAAAAUGAAACUGAGAUAAGUAGUCCAAGGAGGCUUAAGUUUCGGAGAGCAAGAGCGCUGGGUGGGAGAGCCAACGUAAAGGGUGAUGCCCGGAAAAGCUAUGGAAAAAAUGAAGUCUGUGCUGACAGCAAUGGUGCUACAACUGGUCCAGAGAAGGUUGUUUUAAGACAUCAAGAUAUGCAGGACAAGAAAGAUGCUCAAGGAUUAUUUAAUAAUGUAAUCGAGGAAACAGCAAGUAAACUAGUCGAAACUCGGAAGAGCAAGGUUAAAGCAUUGGUUGGUGCCUUUGAAACUGUGAUCUCUCUUCAAGAGAAAAAACCUUCUGCAAACACACCAAGUUGA